UCUUUUCUUUGCAUUACAUUUCAUUUCUAUUUUGCUAACAAUUCAGUAAUAAAUCGCCAUGGAGGAGGAACCAUCAUUUGAAGAUUUGCCUGUACCCAUUCAUACAAAUCUUUUCACUUUUCCCAAUGAUCACUCAUUGCGUUUGGUGCAUGAGGUUUACAAGCCUUCUGCAGAAGCUUUAAAAGUUUCCAGGGGCCGAACAAUAUAUUCGGAAAUGUUCAUAGAGAAUGAGAAGCUGGGAACUCUGGCAGAUCUUUCAAUACGAUGCUUGGCUCACAACUACGGUCCUGACCCAUUGCCAAUGAUAACAGAAGAGCCUCUAAAGGAGCAACUCCAUUAUGAUAGCCUAGAUGUUGAUUUGCCUUUGGCGAAAUGCUAUCACCUUGAGAAUGAACGUUUUUGGAAAAGAGUGGUGUUGAGCAAACAUCCAGAUAAGGCUUUGUCGCUUCGCAGCAACGUUAAUUGGAAGCAACUUGGAAUUUCUAUGAAAUAUACAGCAAUGGUUGAGGAAUGUCCUCCAGAAUAUUGGCAGGAAGAAGAAAUGUCGGAAUUAGCCCAGAAAAUUCAAGAGUAUGUAGUGGAAAUGUAUAUAAAACGUUUGCAAUCCUUGAUGGAAAGAUCAUUUGAGAAAUAUUAUCUGCCACGAAAACCACAAUCCUCGGAUGAAGAAGAUGAAGAAAGUGUUGAAGAGGUAUCGGAAGCAUCAGUGCCUACAUCUGAAGAGGAUGUUCCUUCUGCCGCAUUUGAAGACAAUGAAAUGAAAACAGAAUCACAGCUUCAGCUGGAACAACAAAUGGAAGAAGAGAAGACUAAACGAAAACAGGUUCGUCAUCUUUUGAGGGAAGAAAAAGCAAAUGCUCGCCGUGAAAGAGAGGAACGACGAGAACGCCGCCAAGCUAAACGUUUUGCAAAAGAACAACAACUUGAAAAUUCCAAGAAGAUGAAGAAGCAAACACAACCAGAAAGCUUAAUCGAAAUAUCGGAAAAUGAAAGUGAUGAGGAGAAAUACAUAUUGGAUCGUCGCAAUCUAGAAUUAUAUCUAAAGUAUAAAAAGGAUUAUAAAUAUCCUCCCGAGCAUUGCGACCAUAUCGAUCUUAGUUUUGUAAGGCAUUUAAAGAAUCUUCACACCUUCAAUAUAGAAUUUUUAGGGCCAAUUUUGGGAAGGAAUUAUCAUCAUCGCCAUUUGAGCUUCUCCCUGGGGGAUAUCAAAAGAUUAGCUCAAGGUCUAAGUCACUUGGCCUUGCUAAAAGUGUUUCGUUUACGCCACAGCCGCAUGGAUGCCGAUAAGCUACAAACACUGGUCAGAGGCCUCAAAGGUCUACACCAGCUGGAGACAGUCGAUUUUGGUUAUGACAAUUUGGGAGAAGAUUGUGCCAGCUCCUUAUAUGAACUACUCGAAGAUGCCACAUCUAUGAGAAACUUAGAACUGGAAUCCAAUCAAUUGGGUGAAGAAGUCUUAAUGACAUUGGGAGAGUCCCUGCAGCAGCAUUAUGUUAACGGUCAUUUAGAAUAUUUAGGUCUAGCACGUAAUCCCAUUACAGAACAGGGUUUGCAUGCCUUGGUCAAAUAUAUCUUAGGUACUUCUCACAUAAAAUCUCUAAAUUUAAGAGGGGUUUACAAUUUAUACGAAAAUGGUUUGAUAUGCUGCAUAGCCAGAGAGUUAUUGUUGCACCAUAAACCUUUGGAGAAAUUAGAUCUUACGGGUAUACCCAUUAAUAUCAAUGCUGCCAAUGAAUUGAUUAAAGCUCUGGCUCUAAACCAAAAGUUACUAACAUUUGAAUGUCUUGGCUGUGGCUUGGAUGAAGAAUCACAAUUGGAUAUUGCCUUGAUCAUGAAGCGCAAUAAAUAUUUAGCUGAUAAUUCUUAUGUGGGCGAUCUGACGAAAACUGAUGUGGAAGUUGAUGAAUGGCUGAAUAGAACCACCAAUCCGAUAUUUUCUAAAGUAUUGGCUGAGAGGUCAAAACUACUGAAAUGCCAAGCAGAAUGCCCACCGGAAUAUAUACCUUCACCACAGCAGUCACCUAAAAAUAGUCAACACAUCUACAAAUUGGAAAUAUACGACAAUAUGUAUGAGCAAUCACAUACAAGUUCUCAAACUGAAAUUGAAACUCAAACAGACCAAGGUGAACAAUUUUCAUAUCGAGCCAAUGAGUUUGACGAUAAGGAAUUUCUGGAGAACAUUCAUUUGCCUGGACCAUCAAAUCGUUAUUUCUACUUCAAGAGUCUAAGAGAAAACUAGGAAAAGAAAUU